UGCGCGAUUUAAAAUUUUCAAAUCAAUUCCCAAAAAAAGUAACGAUCAUUAUUAUUUGUAAAGACAAAAACAAAAUAAAGGUUUUAUUUUUUUGUUGCUGCUGCUACUAGAUGUUUGUUGUUUUUAUUAUUGUUACAAUUUUUACAUAAACAAAUCAAAAUCUAAUUCGUAUUAAACAAAAAAACAACAUUUGUUGGCAACAUUGCAUUUGAUGUUGUUGUCGUAGUGUUUUUUUUUAAACAAUUUUUGUUUUUGUAAUGAAAACUCAUUUUGAAGUGUGUUUUUGUAGUGUUUUUGGUUUUAUGGAAUUUACGAUCAGUAGUUUAAGUGUUUUGUUUGUCUCUGUAACGAAAUGUUUAUUGUAAUAAAAUCAAACGUGCUCUAAAACAAAUCACUCUACAGCAACAACAACAACAGCAAUUAUAACAACUACAUACAGCAAAAAAGAAAAAUCAUGAAAACUAAAAACAAUUCUGUCGGUUUAAAAUGCAAAAUGAAUUGAAUUGAGUCGAGUCAAGUCAAAUUUAAUUGAAUUCAAACGAUUUGAAUUUAAACAUUGUAACGUUUUGUUUCUUCUGGUGUGUGAUAAAUAAAAUUUAAAUUUGUGAAAAUCAUAAAAAGUGAAUUUUUCUAUUAAAAAAAAAAACAAACAGAAAAAGAAACCUUGCACAAUUCGCUUAGUAACGGAAAUUAUAACAAAAAAAGAAAAGCAAAAUACUUUAAAAUAGUGUUUAUUUGAAAAUUAUAAUUUAUAUUGGAAAAAUAAUAGAAAAAAUCCUUUGAAAUUGUAUUUGUAAAAGAUAGUGUUUGUUUCUAAAACUAAAUUGAAAAUAUUUUUUCGCCAUGUAUUUCUUCAACUGUUGGAUAUUUUCAGUGUGGGCGUUGGUGUGUCUGGAAAUUUCAAGUGUUUUAGCCAGCGAUCAAUAUCACAUACAAACUGAUGAGGGUCCCGAACGAUAUUUUCGUUUUCAAACCAACAAUGGUCAAUUUCGGAAAGAGAAACGUUUACAGGAUGGCACAGUCAUUGGUACCGAAGCCUGGAUAGAUGCAGCUGGUUAUUUAAGACUCAAGGAUUAUAUAGCCGAUAAGCAGGGUUACCGAAUUUUGAAAUCAAAAGUAGUUUAUGUGGGUCAAGGCACAGAAAUCGAUGCUGCCAUUAAAUCAACCAAAUCAGUUCCUGCUCAAUCAGGUGUUUUAGUUGAUGCUAAACAAGGUUUACAAAACCGACCCAACAGUAUCUCAAGUCAUAGUUCGAAUAUUUAUACACAAGUUACGACUACCGUAGCACCCACCACUGCCCCACCCGUAAUCACUACCACAGAACCACCCAUUUUGGGCUAUUUAUCACCAGCCGAGGCAGCUAAACUAGAACCUUCACCCUAUUUAGGUUUCGAUCAUUAUCCAAAUGAAUUGCCAGAGCCACCCAAACGCAGACAACCGGUAGUUUAUGCGCGUCCUAAAGCACAGUACAACUAUCAAUAUAGUACGACAACUGAAAGCCCUGAAAUACCACUGCCCUCCAUAGAUAUGGAACCGCCUAGAGAAAGUACACCACGCCGAAGAAUAAGACCCAUUGCAGUAGCACCUAUAAAUCCCCAACCAAUUUCCGGAGAAGAAUUAAACAAGUCUGCUUAUGGCUACUCAACACCUAAACCUUUUGAGGCUGUGAUAAGAACUAGUACAGCAGCUCCUAAUGCGGGUUACUACUAUGGACCCAAUUCGUAUGCCCUAAAUGUUCAACCUCCACAAGCCCUGCCCCUCGAUGUCAAUGCUUUGGAAGGUGGUUUAUUGCCCCCCUUGCCCCCUCUCUAUCAGCGUCGUAGAGUGCCGGUACAAGCCAACAAUGGUGACUAUGCUGCCAGCUACAAUGCACCCGAUUACAAUGAUGUUACUGUUGCGCGCAAUGGCUUCCGCUAUGUCCUACCCCAUCAAUAUCAUGAAGAGCAACAAAUAUCAGACACUAAAAAGGCUGGCAGUUUCGGUUAUGUGGAUCCCUUCGGCAUAAGACGUGUUGUGUAUUACAAUGCUUCACCCGAAAAAGGUUUCAUACACCGAAAUCGCAAUCGUUAUGUAGGUCUGGGAGCACAACCGUACGAUGAACCUCAACCCGAGAAUUUGUAGAAAAGGCUUACGAGACUUGUUUCCUCCCUUUAAAACUAAGGUUCAUUAGCGUGCUUAAACUUCAUCUGCAAAAAAAAAAAUAGAAAUCCCGGAAGUGCUGAUUGUGCUAUGUACAACAUAAUAUAGGACACUUGGCUUUCCGGGAUUUUACUAACUUAGCUUGUAAUAACAACACUACUCUCAUACUAAACUCAGCUAACACAUUUCUAACCACAAAUACUAGCCAAAGAUGAAGUCAAAUUAGCAGUGUCCUUUACCUAAGUAUAACCACAUUAAGCAUCCAUAUUUUAAAGUCUUUGAGCCCACAUCUACAAAAACAAACCAGCCAACCUCAACGAAAUGCUUUAAAUAUUUUAUUUUAUUAUUUUUCUAACCGAAUUUUCUGUGUUAAUUAAUUAUUUUUUCCUCCCAAUUAUAUUGUGUAUUAUUUAAACAAAUUUUUAAUUUUAGUUUGUAGGAAAUAAGUACGAUACUCUACAAUUCGAAACAAACCAAACCCAACCGUCCAGUCAGUCAGUCAACCUUCAUCCACUUCACUUAGUCAUUCGUUCGUUUGUUGGUUCGUUUGUUCAUUUGCUUGUUCAUUCCUAAUCAUUUUAUUUUACUUAUUUAAGUUUGUAUGUCUGAUUUGGAUGGAUGGUUUAGUUAAAGACGAAAUACAAAAGCACUUCCAUAAUUUAGUUUAUUUUAUAUUCAUUUUUCCAAAUAGUCUCUUUCCACUCCUACUUCACUAUAUAACUACAUAUGCAAAGGCACAAAAAUCUAGUUUAAAACUUCCUCAACUCAAUUGCUUAGUUAAUUUAUUUUUUGUUUUUUUUUUGUUUUUCAUUAAUAACCUACUAAAGUAUUUAGAAGUAAUUUAAAUAACGAAACAACUUGUGCAAUUUAGCAACACGACAUAUGUUUAAAACAUUUAACACAAUUGAAGCGACUAAGCGAUGAUUUUGAGUGAUCAAGUUAAACGAUCGAUUAAUCUAUAAAGAUCUGAAAUCAAGACUAAUUAAGUGGCUAUACUUUAGUCCAAAUCUAUUUCAUUUUCUACAACUGGCCUAUUAGAAGAAGAGAUUUUAAGGAAGAAUUUUAGCACGCAUUGUGGUGGUUUGUCUCCAAGCCAAUUGAUCUCCCAGCACUGGACGUUACAAUUAUUACAGGCUGCAGAUUUUACACGGUUUUGAAUCUCUCACUUGUAAUUUAAAGUAAUUAAAGUUAACUUCAAAUCAGAGCAGUAAAUGAAUCAUUAAUUUUUGAAUUAAUUCGCGAAUCAUUCACACAAAAAAAUUAAUUGCAUGAAAUUUGAGUCAAUUCAAAUGAAUUUGGUAUAAAUGAAUUGUAAUUCAUUUCUAAUUCAAAUGAAUUUGUAGAAUUUGCAAAGUGAAUUGCAAUUCACCAAAUUAUACUUCAAAACAAAAAUUUCAAAUAUUUUUAGGCAAACAAAAUUAUUUUUUUUCCAAAGUUGUUUUUUUAAUUUUUAAAAAAAAUGUUCGAAUUGUUUUUAAAAUUUUUUUUAAAUUUUCAAUAUUUAGCGAAAAAAAAAACUUUUGGUAAAAAAAAAUUCGGGUUAAAAAAUAUUUUUUUCGAUUUUGACCCAUUGUAGGUCCAACUUACUAUGGUGUUAUAUACGUCGUUGCAAAGGUCUUAGAAAUAUCUAUCAUUAGAUAUCCAUAUUGUCUAUAUUAAUGACUUAGUAAUCCAGAUAUAGGUCAAAAAUCGAGGUUGUCCUGGUUUUUUCCUUACAUCUCAGCCAUUUCUGGACCGAUUUUUUCGAUUUUAAAUAGCAACCGAUCCAGAAUACUUUAUAGGGUCGGAAAAUUAUAUUGUGGAAUUAUUCAUUCCUCCUAGAUCUGCUCUCUUGACUUUGAUUGAUUGAAUCUCAUUUUUGAUUUCAUUCAUUUGAAUUGAAAUUCAUUGUUCUAAUUCAUUUGAACGAAUUGGAAAUUAAUUGCAAUUCACUUUAACAAAUUCAUUUGAAUUGAAAACGAAUUGCAAUUCAUUUUACAGAUUCAUUUGAAUUGAAAACGAAUUGCAACUCAUUUUUACAAAUUCAUUUGAAUUGAAAUUCAUUUCUGCAUAAUUCAUUUGAAUUGAUUCAAAUUUCCUUCAAUUCUUUUUUGCUGUGAAAAGAAUUAAUUCGUAAUGAAUUUAAAUCAAAAAAGAAUGAUUCAUUUACAGCUCUGCUUCAAAUAUAUGAAUUUUUGAACAUGAAUAGUAAAAUUCCUCGAAUUCUUUAAUGAAUUAAAAGAAGAAAAUAAAUUAAAAAUCGUGAAUAUGUUGUGCAAUCAUCACCAAUACGUACACACGGUUGUCAGAUUGUCAGGAACAUGCUCAGAAAAUGGUUAACACAACCGUGAGAACUUAUGUUGAAACAUAUGGGUGUUAACCAUUUAUUGAACAUUUUCUGACAAUAUUGUAAGAAUAUGACAACCGUGUGUACGUAGCUUAAGAGAGACUCUGAAUUGUAAGUCGUCCAUCGCUUAGACUCAGCAAUUGUGUUUACAUCACCUAAAUAAUAAAUUUCAAUUUUCAUGUAUUUAUUCUUCAAUUAAACAGCUAUAAUGUUCAUAUUUGAAAUGAAAAAUGAAUGCUUUUGAAUACGUUUAGAUAAUUGUAUAAUUCAUGUAUUAAUCUUGCCAUAUUAACAUUAUUUUAAAUCACAAAAAUUAAAUAAUUUUUUUUUAAUGCAUAAACUUAAUCAUAGUUAAUUUAUAAUUACAUAAAUAAAUAAAUACAUUAUUUAAUAAAAUUAUAAACAAAACAUUAUUAAUAUUUAUAAUUUAGUUGUCAUUUUUAGUUAAAGAAAAAGAAAAAAAAAGAGUGCAUAAUUCUAAACAAGUAUUUAUGUAUUUAAAUAAAGUAUAUUUAAUAAUUUUUAGUUACAAUAUUUAAGAGAUAACAAAUUUGAAAGCAAAUUAUAUAAGAAGUACGCCCCGAAUUAGUUACCAAAUGCAUGUUACCAAAUUUGGCAACAGAUUGUUUUUUUUUAGUAGUUUAGAGUUACACAUUUUAAAGCUAACACGUAAUGUAAAUGAUUUUCAAAUACUAUGUAUAAUAAUAUAUAAAAACUUCAUUACUGAAAAUAAAUUGCAUUUGUAUGUGACCACAUUUGGUUCGUUUUUUUGCGUACUUCUUCUUAAUUUAUUUAAAAAAUUAUUUAAUUGUAAAAUACAUAUUUAAUAUAAAGAAUUUUAAAAAAAUAUACAAAAAAAAAAUAAGCAAUAAAGAACAAACAAAUAACGUUUAAAUAA